UCUACGCGUCCCUGUGAUCUGUGGAUCAAUUCGAGCGCUUCUGGUGCUAAUCGAAAUUUUCAGUUCCCGGUUUGGUAGUGCAGUCUGCAAUCAUGUGUACCACAUAACCCUUUCGCGAGUUUGCAUCGAUAUAUUAUUAUAGAAAAGUGUACGGUUUCUAUCUCCGCCGACUAGGCUGAAGAAGUAGAACUUUUGCCGUGCUGAACAGCACACCGAAAUAGAAAGUUCACCCUGGGUAGUGUCCAGCGAGGUGUGAAAGUUAUGUGUAAAGUGACGGGCCUACCGUUGUAUCUGAUCCAUUCCUACAAGAAGCGCCGUAUUAAGCUCGGUAAUAGCCCAAACAGUAGUAACCUUGGUGGCGGUAGCAGUGAAAGGCACAAUAGUGGCAGUAUCGAACUGCUGCAGCGCCGCAUCGAGUGCAUCAAGAGCCAGAUUUGAACGGAAGCAGGACACCGUUCUAGCAGAGAGGGCAUAUGAAAAAGGCUAUUUUUGGAAUGCCGUUGCCCCUUAUCUGAUGAUUUAAUGCGCUCUGUACAGAAAACUUCAUCAUCAGUGUCGGUAUUCCAAAAAAAUGGAUAUUACCAGUAUCAAGGUCAGCUUCCUCGAGAGCAGUGCGAUCUGGAAGCACCCGCAGGGAAAGCAUUCAGCUUCGAAGCAGUACGGGACGAACGGUCACAUUCAGCGUCCACACUACGACGAAGCCAGUGACAACAACAACGACGACGACGGCGGCAUCAUGGUGGCCGGAGCGGUGGGAAACUUUCAUUCCGAGCUGCGGAACGAUCCGCUUGUGCGGGAAAUGCGCCGAGUACGCGAGCUUAACGCUCAACGCUACAAGGAGGACUACUCGCAUGUAUUUCGGUCAAAAACCCGAUGGGACUUCAUACGGCUUUCGUUUGUCAUCAUGGGUAUAGAGUUUGUGUAUUCGGCAGAAACAGCGUUCGUUUCGCCGAUUCUUUUGGGAAUUGGCGUUGAACAUCAGCUGAUGACACUGGUUUGGGCAAUUUCUCCACUGGUAGGAUUUUUCUUGGCCCCAAUUUUGGGUACCCUCAGUGAUCGCUGUCAGAGCAGGCUUGGCCGAAGGAGGCCCGUCCUGAUGUGGCUAUCUUUUACUCUGAUCAUCGGUUGCAUUCUUGUACCCUACGGCGAAAACAUUGGCAAGUUGUUUGGUGAUCUUGGCGAAAUUUUCCCGGAGGCAUCGCCGGGGAACGAGACCGAUUUGUUGAACUCCAAUCUGUCGGCAUUUUUACCGUAUGAGUUCUACCGUAUCGAGGAGGAAGUCAUGGAACACGAAAUGAACUAUAAAUGGGCAAUCUUUUUCACCAUCCUGGGAACAUUGCUGAUGGACUUUAGUGCCGAUACUGCUCAAACUCCCGCCCGGGCCUAUCUUCUGGACGUUUGUUUACCAGAGGAUCACGGACGUGCGUGCAGUACCUUUUCGAUCAUGGCCGGAAUCGGUGGAAGCCUCGGUUAUGCGCUUGGUGGCAUUAAUUGGGAUAGUACCACGUUUGGAGAAUUUCUCGGUGGUAGCAUCAAAACCGUCUUCACCAUCGUCGGCAUUCUUUUCCUGGUUGGUUUGACACUAACUGUGACCAGUUUUCGGGAAAUCCCGUUGCCGGUAAUGGAAAAGGAUGAACUGCUCAAACCGUUGACCGAGUCCGCUAUCAAGAAGGAGCGCGCUCGGUUGAGCGAUAAGAUCUACUACAUCAAGGAUGUUAGUCGGACGUUUGCAAUGCAGUUGCAGACGAUCGACACGACAACGGAACAACCACCACCGCAGAUCAUUACUAAUGCCUUGUCUGAAAUUGAAAAGGGACCUCCCGCUGCUACUGAUUCGGAUUCGGAGGACGAGGAAAGUGCAAUGACUUUGAAAGAUUUUCUGAAGAGCAUUUUAUUCAUGCCCAAGUCGAUAGCGAUCCUUUGCCUGACUAACUUGUUCUGCUGGAUGGGACAUUUGAGCUUCUGUUUGUACUUUACCGACUUCGUCGGCGAAGAGGUAUUCCGAGGCAACCCGGCAGCUCCUUCCAAAUCGGAGGAAUAUCAACUUUACCUAGAGGGGGUUCGAUAUGGUUGCUUUGGACUGGCGAUAUAUUCACUGGCCUGUUCCUGUUAUUCAUUCACAAUCGAGAAACUGAUAAAAAUCCUGCGAGCCCGAAUUGUGUACUGCGGAGGCUUGAUUCUUGAUGCAACAGGAAUGAUUUUAAUGGCCGUAUUCCCGAACAGAGUAACUGUGUACGUAUUCAGCGCCACCGGAGGAAUUGUCUACGCACUAUUAUUUACCAUGCCUUUCCUACUGUUGGGGCAGUAUCAUGCAAAGGGGCAGUUCAAAACUUUCAAAUCUGAAAUGCCCGAUAAACCGGAACGAAAACGCGGUCUUGCUACCGACAUUGCCGUUGUCGGUGGAAUGAUCUUCUUGGCGCAAAUCAUCGUUUCGCUGGGUAUCGGAUCGAUCAUCACGUGGCUCGGCUCGACGACGGCCGUCAUCUAUGCAGCGGGGGCGUGUAGCUUUCUGGCUGCCAUAUCCGCGUCGCAAGUCGUGUACAUGGAUUUGUAGAAAUCGUAGAAAUUCAAGGUUGCCAAAAUCUCACCACCUGAAGUGGACUUCAGAAUAUGCACUUAUUAUUAUUACACUUUAUUUUAUUGCUAUUUUUAUCAUUAAUCCUCAGCAGAAAUCUGCAAGUAAUAUAACAUCAUAAAUUAACGCUUACGCAAGGUGCAUUGUGAUACUUGUAAUGAUAUUGUAAUU